CAUUGCAGCUUGAAAACAAGGAAGUACUCGAAACGGGCAAGAAAUUAUACUAUGAUCAGAAAUUGAAACCAGUUCAGUGAUGCUUAGAGAUUUCUUGGGUUUUUUUAGAUCUGAUAGUAAAGAAGCGAAAAAUGAUAGAGACCAGACCGAAGCGGCUAGUUCCAAGGUCCCAGAGAUAACAGAUGACCAACCAAGAAAUCCAUAUACAGAGAUUAAGAUACUGUCAGGACACUCAGAUAGAAUUCACCUAGCUACGAUCAUUGAUGAAAGCAGGAUACUCACUGCUGCACAAGACAAUACAGUUGCAGUCUGGGAUUCUGUAAAUGGCAACCUGCUAUUCAAACUCUAUGGUCAUACAAAACCAAUCAACUGCGUAUGUGUCAUUCACUAUGAUGUUUCUUUGGAUGAAGAAAUAAAAGCAGAGGACCUUGGAAAUGAGACAUCAAGAAUCCUUCUCACUGCUUCAUUUGACAAAUCCAUUCGGUUGUGGAGUUUGUGUUAUGGAAAUUGCCUAAAAGUUAUCACGGAACACAAUUAUGCUGUGAAGUGCUUCAUAAAGCUGAGGGGUGAAGAAACAGAAGCCCACUACUGCUGCGCUGGAGAUCAUUUGAGCAUAUGGGAUGAAAACAUGAAACUUCUUCAUACUUAUAAAAGGAAUAAUCCAAAUUUUAUACAAUCGCUGAUUUCCAUCAAGGAUAAGAAGAUAGUCACUGCAACAGACCAGUAUUACUUAGAUGUUUAUUGCAUUGAAAAAAGCAGCGAAAGUGUGGAAAUUCAAUAUUCUAGAAAGCUUCCAACACACAGGGAAUCAAUAACUUGCCUAAUUAAUAUAUCUGAUGCCAUGUUUGCGUCGGCUUCUCUUGAUGGUACGAUCAUGGUCUGGACGACUUACCAUCUCCUUCCGACACGACAGUUCAAUUCGCACGAAAAUUACAGAGAUUCCGAGAAAAAGAAGUUCUUAUACAGUGUUAAACAUCUGUUUGCUCUUGAACAGCGUUACAUCUUUGCUGCAAUUGCAAAUGGAUUCUUUGUUUAUGACACAAUUUCAGACAAAUGUCUCGUUAAGCAACCCAACGCCCAUUCCGAGGAAGUAAAUCAUCUAGCACUGAUCGGAGACGGGUCAGUUUUAGCAACAUGUUCGCUUGAUGGAACAACAAGACUGUGGGGUCACCGAACUCCUGUCUCUUCAAGUGACAUUUCUGCGCUGAAGAGUGCAGUAACCCCCUUGGAAAGAAUUAUAGGAAAAAGGGUCAAAUCGCUGCGUGACAAGCCAACCUCUUUGGAACUUAUUGGAGAAUGCGCGGGCCAUACAGACAGUGUCCAGCUAAUAGUAUCGUGCGGAAAAGAAGGCUUCAUCACUUGUGGAUUGAAUGACCUGGUGAUUCUUUGGAAGAAUGGCGCAUUACAAAUGGAGAAUGAAAAUAAAAUAUUAGAAGAUAUUUUGAAGGAAACUGACUUUUUUCAACUUUCCUUAAAUGAAACUUAAUACAGCAUUUAAAUUGAUAUUUUCGUAAUUUUUUGUAUUUGUUUUUUAAGAACGUCAGUAUCUUUUUUCGUUUCUCUAGGCUAUCGU